CACAUUUCUUUCCCCUCCACAUUCAGACUCCAGAGCCCCGUCCAGCGUCUUGCUAUGUCGUCAAAACGCAAAUGGGACCAGGCUGCCCCUGAAUCAUCACCUUUCGAAUUGGACAGUCCUAUAAAGGCGCAAAAAACUGACGAGGGGAAGACUGCUUCUGAAGCUGCGGCCGCUGCUGCUGCUAUUGCUGCCAAAAUUGCCGCACAGUUCAGUGCUGGUGGUGGCAUCGCCGGGAGUAUACAGAUCGGACAGAAGGACCCGCAUGAUGGAGAUUUCACCCACGACAUUGACAUCAACGAUGUCCGGAACCGGUAUAUGUUGACAAAAGGUUCUACACAGACCGAUAUUCACGAGGAUACGGGUGCCUCAGUCAGUACCAAGGGUGUGUGGUACCCGGAUCGAUCAAAGGCAACGGAGAAGGACCCUCCAUUAUACCUUCACCUUUCGGCUUCAAGCAAGGAGAUGUUGCAAAAGGCAAUUGACAGGGUUAACGAGCUAAUAGCGGUUGAUCUCGGUCCACUAGUAGAGGACAAGAAGGAUAGAUUGCGCGAAAAGCGUAAAUGGCCGGAAGAGAAAAUGCCUGUGGGCCUCGAGACCAUUCGCAAUUUCAACGUUCGUGCCAAAGUUGUUGGGCCACAGGGAAUGUUCGUGAAAUAUAUCCAACAAGAAACAAGUACGCGUGUGCAGAUAAAGGGUCAAGGUUCAGGCUUUGUAGAACAGGAAACCGGUCGGGAGUCAGAUGAGCCUAUGCACAUACAUAUUACCGGACCAGACGAAAACCAAGUAGCUCGCGCUAAAGUGCUCACAGAAGACUUGCUCGAAGUUGUACGCUCUGAGCAUGCCAAAGCACAGUCAGCAAUGAUGCAACAACAAAUGGAGUUGCACCAAGCACAAAUGCAAUUUGCACAGUACCCGGCGGGUGGGUACGGUGUUCCACCACCUGCACCUGAAAACGCACCUCCACCGCCACCACCUGGAGAGCAGCCUCCCCCACCUCCAGAUGGUAGUGCACCUCCACCGUACCCAGGUGCACCAACCGGCACUCCAGGGCCAGAUACCCAAGAUGCAUAUGCAGCAUACUGGGCACAAUACGGCUACGAUGUCAACUCAGCGCAGUUCAAGGAGUGGGCUGCGAGUCAGCAAGCGCAGUAUUACCAAGCAUACGCUGGACAAACAGCUGCACCUGCACCAAGCGACAGUGCACCUCCACCGCCACCGCCAGCAUAGAAGGCUGUUAUAUUUGAUGCUUUCAAUAUGUAGCGAUCGUACCUUGCUUUAUAUCUGUGUAUUUUCGGUUGGUGCAUUUCAGACUCAUCGACGUACCCUUUGCUUUGUUGUAAGUAUUGUUAACACAAGCCAAUAGCAUACCAUGAGCGACGAUGGAUGGUCUGCCAUAUUAAAACUGCA